AUGGCGGCGCCUGCUGCGCGGAAACUUGCGAAGGACAUCGAGGUGGUCCUUAAAAAGGCCCAUGAGGGCUGUGAAGAGUUCGACGAGUUUUGGGACCAGAUUGCCACUGCGCAAGGGUCCCAGAAGGAAAGAUUGGGCGAGGAGCUCAAAAAGUGCAUCAACAAGCAGCAAAGACUCAGAUCCCAGAUGAGAGACUGGCUCGGAUCACCUCAAGUCCCAGCCCCUUUGAAAGACAAGCUGGAGGAGGCCAGAAAGCGAAUAGAAAGCGACAUGGCAAGAUUCAAGGACUUCGAACGAGAGUUCAAGACCAAGGCCUUCUCCUACACUGGCUUGGCGAAGACCGACGAGUUAGACCUAGAAGAAGCCGAAAAAGUCAAGUCUCAGGACUGGCUGGCACAGACCAUUCAGAGUCUCAAGGACCAGCUGGACCAGUUCGAGGCUGAUCUGGAGUUCCUGCAGGGCAAAAGGUCCUUAAACAGCGACGAGAAGUCCAGAUUGCCCAAGCUCCAGACAGCUCAAGACAGGACCCGGUGGCACAUCAAGAAGCUAGAGCAGUUGUUGAGAGCUGUCAGCAAUGAUGCAGUUGAAAUCAGCGACUUGGCGGUUGUUCGAGACAGCAUCGAUUGCUAUGUCGAUGCCGGCGAGGAUUCUGAUGGAGUCCACGACGAGACGCUCUACGACUACUUCGAUCUGGCAGACUACGAGGAGAAGGUCGCUCCUGCGAGGAGCGAGAACGACUCCAAGGAUGAUUCCCCGGCGGGAAGCAAAGAGGAGUCGCACAAAAAGCAGAAAGAAAAGGACAAGAAGAAGAAGGAGGACAAGAAGGCAAAAGCCAAAGCUGAGAAGAAGGUGCAAAGUGCAGGCAUCAUGAGCAAGUCCGGCAUCGUCGGCAAGACGCUGAUCGAAGGAAACGGCCACGGGCAUGGGCCGGUCGAGGUGAAGCAGCUCGAACUGGACGAGGUGAAGGUCCAGGAGGAGCAGCUGGUCCAGGAAGCCGAAGAGUUCAUCUGCAAGAUCUGCCAGAUCUACGUGGUCGGGUGCGUCCCAAAGCUGACGACCUGCUCCCACAUCUUCUGCGGAGAUUGCAUCGCAACCUGGUUCAAUCAGCAUCCAGACACCCAGACAUGGGCACAGCGAGCAAAGGCUGCUGGCCCCGAUCGGUGUGUACCAUGCCCUGUGUGCAAGAAGUCUCUGAAUGAGAACCAUGAUCUAUCCCCAGUGUGUAGCAACACGCAGCGGAGUGAGAACGUCCUCCUCUGGAGAAUGCUUUCACAGAAAAGGAUUGUUUGCCAGAACAAUCCGAAGGUGAGGGGCGAAACUGGAAGAUGUGAUUGGGUCGGCGAGUACUGCAACUACCAGAAGCACAUAGACAUCUGCAAAAACGUUCCGCUUGCAGAAGCUGGAUAUCCUGCAGAGGUCUCCUCCGCUCCUAAGGAGGCUCCCGUCGUAGAGAAGGCCCCAUGCGUGCCUCCUGUGCCAUCAAAGCAGUUGGCGACAUCGCCUCCCGGACCUCCCGCGGUUCAAAACACCGGUCCGACAACGCCAGCGCCGAAGCAGGCAGCUGCUCCAACCAAGACUUCAGCGCCAACGGUGCCUGCGCAGGCCAUGGCCACUGCGCCAGCCAUGGUGCCCAACGGGACCAACUCGGCCCCUUUGGCACCCUGUGCGCCGAGCGCCCCACCGUCAGGCGUCAGACCGAUGCAGCCGGCGCAAGCGCCCGCGCCGGUGCCGGCAGUCCCAUCGCCGGCCCUGCGUCCCGAGGUGGUGAGAGUGCAGACAAGGUCCGAGUACGACAUCGGUGUUGGUGCGUCCCCGGCCCCAGCAGCACAGUCGGCGCAGCCGCAGAUGCAGAUGCAGCAGCCGCGAAGAGACGUGCUUUUCACCGGCAGAGCAGUUGGUAACUUCGAAGCCACCGGUCCCACAAUGGUUCCCGUCCGACAAGGUGAUUUCAUUGAGGUACUGGAAACGGAUCCUUCUGGCUGGACCUUUGCCAGAAACACCUCAGGCUCCAGCUCGACGGGUUGGGUGCCAACUUGGAUCGUACCACCACCCAUCGAACCUGCACAACAGAGACCCGUUCCGGAGGUGCAACAAGCACUUCAGACGCGGCAAGCGCAUCAAGCGCAACCUGUGCAGCCCGUGCAACCUCUGCGGGAGACACGGGAGAGAGACGUCCCUCCUCGACAGCUGGAGACCAGAAGCGAGGCCAGGGGGCUCGCUCGUGCGCUCCAGCCCUUCACUUCCGGUAGUGAUUCUCAGAUGACUCUGAACACAUCGGAUUACGUGGAGAUCGUGGAGCGCCACCACACGGGCUGGACAUUCGGCCGCAAGGUGGAUGCAGUCGGAACUGCGGUAUCCGAGGGUUGGUUCCCAGACUGGGUCUGCAAUCCCAAGCCGUGA